CUAGUCUCGUACGUCUCAGUCUAUCUCAGCUGCCCACAAUUAAGCACUUGUGCUCCGCUCCGCCACACACAAAGCCAAAUUCCCCAGCUCUCAUUCCUCACUCCGAUCCGAUCCUCGCAGAUCAGUAGAUCACUACACCGCGCGGCGUAGCAAGCUAAGAGCGAGAGGAUUCUUGGAGCUCAGCUCUCAUCACCAGCAGCUAUAGGUACGUGCACGCAGUGCAUGGCGCAGGAGGGCUCCGAGGCCUCCGUCGCCAGCUCCCCGCCGCCGCCGGCCUCCUCGUCCUCCUCCUCGUGGUGGCGCGACAUGCACCCGGCGGCGGCUGCCUACGGCGGCGCGUGGCCGCCGCCCCCGCCCACCGCGGCGAGGUGGCCCCCGAUGGCGGCCUCGUCGUCGCGCCACCAGCAGCAGCAGCAGCAACACGGCGGCGGCCGCACGACGUCCUCCGGCGGCGGCGCCGACGACGACCUCUCGGCCUCCAACGCCACCAUGACGUCGUCGUCCUUCACCAACACCUCCGCCACCAACCGAUCCGGCCUCAGCAUGGACGACGACUCCGGCGGUGGCGGACCUGCUGAGGCGGCCGCCGCCGCCGCCGCAGAGAGCCACCACCUCUGGAACCAAGUCCUCAUCAUGGGCGGCGGCGGCGGCGAGGUUGGGAGGAGCAUGCACGACGCCCACGACGACAGCGAGAACUUCCUCGAGCUGCUCAACUCGAGGACGCUCGUGCCGGAGCUCUUCGCCGACCCUCCGGCCUGCGACUACCUCAAGAAGAUGGAGUACGGCAGCAGCCACGGCGGCGGCGGGUGGCCGGACCACCACCAGUUCACGACAGCAGCCGCGCUGGAGAAGCACCUGAGCUCCGGCUACGGCGGCGGCGCGCUCGCGCACCAGCACCAGCACGCGGCGGCCGGAGGCGCGCCGGAGCGGCUCACGGCGAACCUGUCCGACCUCGUGAGCAACUGGUCCAUCGCGCCGCCGAACCCGUGCCUCGGCGACGCGCACCACCACCACCGCACCGGCGUCGUCGCCGCGGCAUGCGAUAACGACAACGCCAAGGCCGGCAUGUUCCUGGGCUCCGGCGGCGGCGUCUGCAAUCACGAGAUAGGCGGACACGGCGCGAUGCUGGAGGGAGCGGCGACGGGCGGCGGCGGCGGCGGCGGCCAGGAGUUUCUCCGGCCCGCCGCAGGCGCAGGGUACAGCUCCAUGCUCGGGCUCAGCAGGAACAACAGGACGAUGUAUAUGGAGGCGCCGUGGGGAAGCAAUGCCGCCGGCGCGACGAGGAGCCUGUCGGACCUGAUAUCUUUCGGCGGAGCUCCGCUGGGAAAAGCAGAGGAACCGGCGCCGCCCACGUCAACGAAGGCGCUGGCGGAGUACAAGAAGCAAGGGCACGACAUCCCUUCGCCGGCGAAGACGAGUAGCGGAGGUGGAAGCAAGGGGAGCUCGGAGGGGAAGAAGAAGAGAUCAGAGCAGCAAGGGUCGUCGGAAGGGAACACCAAGAAGUCCAAGAGUGAGGUCUCCUCGCCCACGUCGUCUCUCAAGGCAUCAUCGCAGGUGCCUAAAGUGAAGUUAGGAGACAAGAUCACUGCACUGCAACAGAUCGUUUCACCAUUUGGAAAGACCGAUACGGCAUCAGUUCUGUAUGAGGCGAUAAAUUACAUCAAGUGGUUGCACGAACAAGUUCAGUUGCUGAGUGAUCCAUACAUGAAGACUAGUAGCAAGGACUACAACUACAACGCAUGGGGAAGGUUAGAAGAUAAGGAGGGCGCCGAGAUGGUGGACCUGCGAAGUAGAGGCCUGUGCUUGGUGCCCGUCUCAUGCACGCCUCAGGCGUACAGGGACAGCAACGACGGCCCAGACUACUGGACGCCCCCAUAUAGGAGCUGCUUGUACCGAUGAUGAACUGAUUCAAUUCCUGCUGCCGUGCAUGCGUACGUGUAAUACGUAGCUGUUUAUUCCAUCCAUUGGUUAUAUACCUUACUCAGUGGUAAUAAAUUUGUGGUGAAUAUAUAUAUAUUAUUGUUUAAAGCUA